AUGGCCACCUUCGCAAAGGCUUCGUUCGACGCAGCCAAGUAUGCGCAGGCAAGACCCUCGUAUCCGCGCGCGCUCUUCGACCAUGUCCUCGCCUAUCUCGAUCAGUCCUCUUCGCCCGCCUUGAGGCAACGACCGCGCACCCUGCUUGACCUCGGAUGCGGGCCAGGCGUCUCGACCUUUGACUGGCUCGACCUCGACCGCUUCGAACGCAUCGUCGGCAUCGACCCGUCAGACAACAUGGUCUCGGCUGCGCGCAGGAUUCUGGAGGAGAAGCGCGCAAAGGGAGAGAUCAAGGACGGAGUCGAGGUGCGCUUCGAGAAGGGCGGGUCGGACAAGCUGGCGGGCAUUGUCGAGGACGAGAGCGUAGAUUUGGCCGUCGCGGGACAAGCGGCGCAUUGGUUCAAUGCCGAGGCGACGUACCGAGAACUGGCGCGGGUGUUGAAGCCGGGCGGGGCGUUCGCGUUCUGGGGCUACGGCGAAUUCUUCUUCCAGAAGCAGCCGUCGCUGAACCCGCUCAUCACGACCUACUCGAGCGGGACACUCGGCAAAUACUGGCAACAACCUGGCCGCUCAAUCGUCGAAGCGCUCCUCACACCCUUCCCUUUCCCUUCCCCCUCUUCCGAACCUUCCUUCGACCAAACAUCCUUCCACCGCUCCUUCUUCCUCCGCCCCAAUGGCCCACUACCUCCCCUCUCCCUCCCUCCCGCACUCGACCCUCCGCAUCCAUCCGCCGCGGGUGAUUCAGCAACUUACUCGCUUCGACCUGCUUCAUCCGCUUCGACCGACGCGCCACUGAGCAUCUCCAUUACCCGCGAGGUACUUCUCACGCGCAAGUGGACCCUCAAGGAACUAGAAGCCUACCUACGGACCUGGUCUUCCGCGCACGCAUACAACGAAGCGCACCGUCCCUCGCCCGGCUCGCCGGACGCAGGGACUGGGCAGGCUUAUCGCGAUUGUGUCAAGGUCUUCUUGGAGACUCUGAGGAGGCAGGGGGUGGAGCGGUUGGAAGAGAACGAGGGGGCGUUGGAGGUUGGGUGGGAGAUGGGGGUCGUGUUUGGCAGGAAGAGGGCGUAG